AUGUUGCGUCAGACGUUUUACAGCAGCUUCAGAAUAGGCCGCGAACGCUGCAGCAAACCGCCUUGGUAUCGUAACAAUUCACGAAGUCUCGCCACGAUGACUGCAACCACACCUCAAUACCGCUCUAUAGCUGAGCUCCAAAAAGUAUAUCGAGCUGGAAGCACCACCGUCAAAGAAGUGACGCAGCAGUAUCUUGCAGCUAUAGAUGGCCUCAACGGUGAUGUGAAUGCCGUUACUGCAGUCAACAAACAUGCCGUUGAACAGGCAGAGCGCCUGGAUGGCGUACCACAAGACCAGAGAGGUCCAUUGUUUGGCGUACCAAUGGUGCUCAAAGACCAGAUUGAGACCGCUGGCAUACCCACUGCAUACGGCAGUCUCGCAUGCGAAGACUAUGUGCCACCCAAAGAUGCCACUAUAGUCACGAAGCUCAAAGCUGCCGGCGUCGUGAUCCGUGGAAAGUCCACCAUGCCUGACUGGGCUGCUGGCUGGUUAUCGACCUCGUCGCUGAGCGGAACCACCAAGCAUCCCAUCGACCACACCAGAGAUCCUGGAGGCUCUUCAAGUGGAAGCGGCACCGCGGUCGCCACUGACAUGGCGUUGGCAGCUAUUGGCGGUGAUACUGGAGGCAGCAUCAGAUUGCCCGCCAGCUUCUGUGGCUUAGUGGGUGUGCGGGUCACUCCUGGGAGGAUCAGUCGAGAUGGCAUGUCCUCGCUGGUCAAGACUCAAGACACACCAGGUCCCAUGGUCAAGACCGCUUCGACGAGAACGAACGAUUUCACCUCCAUCAACGCCGUGACUGGCCGAACCCACUCACGCACGCAAUUCGUCGAUGCCAUCGAGCAACCAUUCCUAGAAGGUAAACGCAUCGGAGUCCUCCGACAAGCCUUCGGAACUCACAAAGGCAUCAAUAGCGUCCUCUCCAAAACUCUCACCAGUCUAAAGAACGCUGGCUUCGAACUCAUCGACGUCGAAAUUCCAAACCUCGAAGACUACAUCACCAACACCGCCCCCUACAUCCUGCGCUCCAAAACCGAUAUCAACCACUUCCUCGCGUCCCGAGAAGGCCUCGCUCACCUCAAGAUCGAAGAUCUACACGCAGCGGGGACAUGCCAUAAGUCGCUCGACCUCGUCAACAUGAUCGUUAGAGGACCUACUGACCCGUUCAUGAGUCCUCGUUACGCGAGACUUCUAGCAAAAGUCAGUGAGUUCCAAAGGAUUGUGGAUGGGCUUGAUGCGAUUGUGUAUCCUACGUGUAAGCAGCUCGCGCCGAAGACGGAGAGGGUGCUUGCUAUGGCCUCGCAUCUCAAUACGGACGCACCGAAUACUGCGAAGGAUGAUGAAUACCCUGAUGAUCCAGAGCUGCCGGUGGGACUGGAGAUCCUGGGUGUGCCUUUGAGCGAGGAGAGGAUAUUGAAGAUUGCGGCGGGAGUCGAAGCGUUGCAGCACAAGCAGAAGUAG